AUGGCCCCAACUGUUGAGCGCAAAAACAUUGACUUGGCUCCACUCAAGGCUGCCAAGGUCCCAAUUUUCUUCAUCGUUGGAGGACCAGGAUCCGGAAAGGGAACUCAAUGCGACAAGAUUGUUGCCAAGUACGGUCUUACUCAUUUGUCAUCAGGAGAUCUUCUCCGUGACGAAGUCAAGUCUGGAUCUCCACGUGGUUCUCAACUCACCGCUAUCAUGGAAUCCGGAGCCCUUGUUCCAUUGGAGGUCGUGCUCGACUUGGUCAAGGAAGCAAUGCUCAAGGCUAUUGAGAAGGGAAGCAAGGGAUUCCUCAUCGACGGAUAUCCAAGAGAGGUCGCUCAAGGACAACAAUUCGAGUCCGAGAUCCAAGAGGCCAAGUUGGUCUUGUUCUUCGACGUCGCCGAGGACACCUUGGUGAAGAGACUUUUGCACCGUGCCCAGACCAGUGGAAGAGCCGACGACAACAUCGACACGAUCAAGAAGCGUCUCCACACCUUCGUUACAUCCACCGCUCCAGUCGUCGACUACUACGAGUCCAAGGGAAAGCUUGUUAGAAUCAACGCUGAAGGAUCCGUUGACGACAUCUUCGGAGUUGUUGUUGCCAACCUCGACAAAGUCACAUCCAAGAUCUAA